CCGUCUCCAUUUUUCUUGUUGUGGUACAGUUAGCUGUCUGCUCAUUGCUGGAAAAAUAUCAGGAUUUAACUCCUUUUGUCGGUGUUAAUAGUAUUUUUUCGUAUUUUGUUGUGAAUCUAAAGUAAAUAAAGAUCAUGGCUCAGUACAAAGGAGCCGCUAGUGAGGCGGGAAGAGCGAUGCAGCUCAUGAAGAAACGAGAGAAAGAAAGAGAACAACUGGAGCAGCUGAAACAGAAGAUAGCAGAGGACAACAUGGUGAAGUCCAACAUCGAUAAGAAGUUCUCGGCUCACUACGACGCCGUCGAGGCCGAGCUCAAGUCCAGCACAGUGGGUCUGGUGACGCUGAACGACAUGAAGGCCAAGCAGGAGGCUCUGGUGAAGGAGAGGGAGAAACAGCUGGCUAAGAAGGAGCAGUCCAAGGAGCUCCAGCUGAAACUGGAGAAGCAGAAAGAGAAGAAGAGGAAGGAGGAGCAGAAGAGGAAGAUAGCCAGUUUAUCAUUUAACCCUGAAGACGAGGAGGAGGAGGAGGAGGAGGAAAACGAGGAGGAAGAGCCGGACUAUGCUCCAGUUAAGAAGAAAAAACUUGGGAAAAAUCCAGAUGUGGAUACGAGUUUCCUUCCUGAUCGAGACAGAGAGGAGGAGGAGAACCGUCUCAGAGAGGAGCUUCGGCAGGAGUGGGAGUUAAAGCAGGAGAAGAUCAAGAGUGAGGAGAUCGAGAUCACUUUCAGUUACUGGGACGGUUCUGGACAUCGUAAAACCGUCAAGAUGAAGAAGGGAAACACCAUCCAGAACUUCCUGCAGAGAGCUCUGGAGGUCCUCAGGAAGGACUUCAGUGAGCUCAGGUCUGCUGGAGUAGAGCAGCUGAUGUACAUCAAAGAAGAUCUGAUUAUCCCACAUCACCACAGUUUUUACGACUUCAUAGUAACCAAAGCCAGAGGAAAAUCUGGGCCUCUGUUCAGCUUCGACGUCCACGAUGACAUCCGACUGGUGAACGACGCCACAGUGGAGAAAGAUGAGUCUCACGCAGGUAAAGUCGUGCUGAGGAGCUGGUACGAGAAGAACAAGCACAUCUUCCCGGCUAGUCGCUGGGAGCCAUACGAUCCUGAGAAGAAAUGGGACAAAUACACGAUCCGAUGAAACCCCCGUCUUCGUCAGUCCGUGGAACCCCCAGCGCCUUUUAUUUUCCACCUCAUCUUACGUUGUCGUCGUUUUUUCAAGAUGUGAGAAACUACCAGAUGAUGGCUUUACUUUGUAUCUAAACAACUGUUUUCCCUCCUGUUGUUGUCGACCUCUAGUCCAUGUGUAAAUAGCCCAUAAAUCACAAACAUGUUGGAGCACCUGUGCUGAAUAAAAGGAGCCUGAAUGUGA